AUGUCAACUUCAGUGGCAUUUGCCCUCAAAUGUACCUUGAGAAAGUCCAUGUUGAAAACACUCAGGGGGAUGGCUGAUAGCGAGGUGGAGAAGCAAUCACAAGCAGUUUUCGAGACUCUUCUAGAACAGCCUUUCUUCCGAGAAGCGAAAUCAGUGGGAUGUUAUCUGAGUAUGAAACAUGGAGAAUUACGAACUGGUGGAAUAGUCAAUCAUCUACUGUCUCGAGGAUCAACACUUUAUACUCCCUUCAUUUCCUUACCCACCUCUCACAGUCCGGAGGCUCAACCCUCUUCUGCCUCUCAAGGCAUGAAGAUGCUCAAGUUAUACUCGACUGAUGACCUCGACAGAUGUCCCCUUGAUAAAUGGGGUAUAUUGGAUCCGGGAGAAACCAGGCGAGACGUUGAAGGUACCGACAGAGAAGACGUUAUGAACCCUUCAUCCCAGCCUCUCGACUUGAUACUGAUACCGGGAGUCGCAUUCGAUGAUGAGUGCAAUAGGCUUGGAAGGGGUAAAGCCUACUAUGAUCGAUUUCUGCUGGACUACACGUCUAGCCGUCCAUCUCCACUGCUAGUCGCCUUGGCUUUAUCACCUCAGAUACUAGAUAAAGGGGAAAGCGUGCCAACCACAGAACAUGAUUUCAGACUAGACGGAGUCAUCUCUCCCGACGGACUUGUUUGGAGAAACAGGGAAGACCAGCACAUUCGAGAAAAUAACUCGUAA